ACUAAACGAAAACUAACUGUACUCCCGUCUUCUGCCUGGUCAUUUCUCCACAACACAAAUAUUACAGUGGCGACGAGGUGAUUAAACUUCUUUAACGGACAUUGCUUGAAGGGAAGAAUGUUGCGUGAGUAAUGAAACUCAAAAUAAUUAUUUAAUUCGUCAGUUAUUGUUAUAUUUUCUUUCGCCAGUAAAAAAAAGGCUAAGCACUGCUAGCAGGUACAGUGUUCAGGAGCUGCCAAGUAGCAAGACUAUUGGAGUCCAGAAUAGCGACACUGCCCUCUGGUGGUUAAAUACAUUUAAAAAACUCAUUGAACCCAUUUAAAUUAGGCGAUCUCAAUGGAGAAAUAUUGUCAAGAAAAAAAAGGAAGAAGGAACGUAACACGGCAACGAGAUUGAGUACAGACGAUCCAGUGAUCACGCAAAUGCAGAUGCACUAUCAAGACUACCAUGCAAUAGUAACUCUGACAGUGAAGAUGAUAGAGCAGUCUUCCAGAUCUCUCUCAUUGACGAACUGCCCAUAUCUGCUCCAGACAUAGCAGAUGAAACAAGGAAAGAUCCAGUGCUUUCCAAAGUCUUGGACUUAACAUUAGGCGGUUGGCCAACCUUCGUAAAUGACGAUAACCUUCGUCCAUUCAUCGACGAGAAAGACCAGUUGUCCACUGAUCAAGGAUGUGUUCUGUGGGGAUCAAGGGUGGUGGUACCUCACAAAUUCCAGAGGAGACUGCUAUCUGACCUGCAUGAGGGACAUCCAGGGAUCACUCGAAUGAAAGAGAGUCGUUUGUUCGCGAAUGACCUACCACUACAACAAAGCUAGAUGGCUGAAGUUGUGGAGCUCCAGAAACGAAAGCUUGCUGAACUGAAGCAUGAGUGUGAAACCAGGGGUCUAGAUGUGAAGGGCAACAAAGUGGAACUGAUCACACAACUACAGGCUUAUCUGGAGGAACAUGAGGAUGACAUGGGCCUAAAUGAAGAUGAUGUUCUGGGAGAAGAGCCAGAGGACCUCACGAAAGAGGAUGCCAUCACUGAGGAUAAUAAAAAGAAAUCCAUAGUGUCUGAGGAGACGGCUGAAAAGAAAGUGGUAAAAAUCACACCCCCAGCGUCUGUGGAUGAGAGGGUACAGAAAAGAGCAGAACACUUCAAUGUCCCUGCGUCAGCUGAUGACAAGAAGGCCAUACAUGCUGCCCGGUUUGGUUUGCCCGCUGCUGCACCUCCAACUUCCACCCCAGGUGUUACUGUGAAUAAAUCCACUGCGGUCAGCGUUGAACAGCUAAAAAAGUGAGCAGAGCGAUUUGGCGGGAACGUUUCUUCAGUUUCCAAGAAGGUCCCAGCUAACAAUACUGCUAUUGUGUAUAUGCACCGAUUCUACAUGAUCCAUUCCUUCACCAUGUUCCACAGAAAUGUCAUAGCUCCAGCAACACUGUUCCUGGCUGCAAAGGUUGAGGAACAGCCCCGCAAGUUGGAGCAUGUUAUCAAGGUGACCCAUGCAUGCCUCAACCCUCAGGACCCUUCACCAGACGUCCGCAGUGAUGUUGUGCCUCACCAGCUCGUUUUCUCCCGUUGUGCUGUUUACAAACACACAUGACUGGCUCAACUGUUCUGGGGAACUACGAACCACUAAUGAACAGGAUAAGGAUCCACGUGUUGCCGUCAUGCUGGGGCCGUUUGUCCCAGACUGCCCGUACCCAAGAGCCCAAGGCCUGUUCCUUCACCCAGCGGCCCUGCUCCCAGCCCCGCCUGGUGGGAAUUCUGCAUCAAACACGUCCUGGAGGACAAGAACGCCCCCUACGGACAGUGUAGUUAUGUGUCUAACAAGAAUGGCAAGCGCUUCCCGAAUGCAGCCCCCUAAGGUUGAAAAUAAAGAAUGGGUGACCUUCUGCGUGGAGCACUUUAGGUGGAAUGCCAUGGCUCUCCAGGCCCAGUUGAGGAAGGCCUCAUCUGGUCCCUUUCCUGAGGCCUUCCUAUCUCUGCUCAGUGGAUACAACUGCACUGAGACCCAUGAGCAGGACAGUGGCCGCAGUGAAGCCAGCCUCAUCCUAGGUGUGAAAUGUUUCUGCACCAUCUUUUUUCUUUCUACACAUAUGCGUUGGCAACAUAUUUUAACCUCCUAUUUUAUUUAUCAGAGACCAUGCACAACAAAAUGUGUUGCACCAUAUUUAACAGCUCAUUUUUUACUCUCCGGUGUCCUGAUAGCUGUUCUUUUUUAUAAUAGUUGCUAUUCCAGGUAAAUUGGAGCAUUUACUAUUAAGUGCAUGGUCCCAUUCCUGUACAUUCCUCCACUGCAUUGAGCCAAGUCACAGUCCAGGGGAGCUGAUGAGGAUUGUCUGUCCAGCUGUCCUCAUCUACAGAGUGAGGGUGAGCAGGGACCACUCGCUCUUGACCAGACCUGUAGUGGAGACCCAGACAGUGAAGCUGACAGCAUUGACAAUAACCACAAGGACCCUCUUAAGUAAGACUGCAAUAUUCGGAUACUGUGUUCUCUACCACAUUACAUACAGUUGAAGUCGGAAGUUUACAUACACCUUAGCCAAAUACGUUAAACUCAGUUUUUCACAAUUCCUGACAUUUAAUCGUAGCAAAAAUUCCCUUAAUUAGGUCAGUUAGGAUCACCAAUUUAUUUUAAGAAUGUGAUGUCAGAAUGAUAGUAGAGAGAAUGAUUUAUUUCAGAUGUUAUUUCUUUCAUCACAUUCCCAGCAGGUCAGAAGUUUACAUGCUACCAAAUACUAAUUGAGUGUAUUGCCUUUUAAAUUGUUUAACUUGGUUCAAACGUUUCGGGUAGCCUUCCACAAGCUUCCCACAAUAAGUUGGGUGAAUUUUGGGCCCAUUUAUCCUGACAGAGCUGGUAUAACUGAGCCAGGUUUGUAUGCCUCCUUGCUCGCACACUCCUUUUCAGUUCUGCCCACAGAUUUUCCAUAGGAUUGAGGUCAGGGCUUUGUGAUGGCCACUCCAAUACCUUGACUUUGUUGUCCUUAAGCCAUAACUUUGGAAGUAUGCUUGGGGUCAUUGUCCAUUUGGAAGACCCAUUUGUGACCAAGCUUUAACUUCCUGACUGAUGUCUUUAGAUGUUGCUUCAAUAUAUCCACAUCAUUUUCCUGCCUCAUGAUGCCAUCUAUUUUGUGAAGUGCACCAGUCCCUCUUGCAGCAAAGCACCCCCAUAACAUGACGCUGCCACCCCCAUGCUUCACGGUUGGGAUGGUGUUCUUCGGCUUGCAAGCCUCCCCCUUUUUACUCCGAACAUAACGAUGGUCAUUAUGGCCAAACAGUUCUAUUUCUGUUUCAUCAGACCAGAGGACAUUUCUCCAAAAAGUAUGAUUUUACUUUUUUAUUUUUUAUUAUUACUUUCUUAGCUACAGUACACUUUCUUAGCUACAGACCUCAACCAUUUUAUAACAAGCAUGUCCAGAGAUACAACCUCUCUUAUCAUCACUCAGUGCCUGGGCUUACCUCAACUGUGCCCGCACCCCACCAUACCCCUGUCUGCACGUUUUGCCCUGAAUCUAUUCUACCACGCCCAGAAAUCUGCUCCUUUUAUUCUUUGUCCCCAACGCUCUAGGCGACCAGUUUUGAUAGCCUUUAACCAUACCCUCAUCCUACUCCUCCUCUGUUCCUCGGGUGAUGUGGAGGUAAACCCAGGCCCUGCGGGUCCCCAGGCACCCUCAUUUGUUGACUAAUGUGAACGAAAAAGCCUUGGUUUCAUGCAUGUUAACAUCAGAAGCCUCCUCCCUAAGUUUCUUUUACUCUCUGCCAACCCUGAUGUCCUUGCCGUGUCUGAAUCCUGGCUUAGGAAGGCCACCAAAUAUUCUGAGAUUUCCAUACCCAACUACAACAUUUUCUGUCAAGAUAGAACUGCCAAAGGGGGAGGAGUUGCAAUCUACUGCAGACAUAGCCUGCAAAGUUCUGUCAUACUUUCCAGGUCUAUAUCCAAACAGUUUGACCUUCUAAUUUUAAAAAUGUAUCUCUCCAGAAAUAAGUCUCUCACUGUUGCCGCCUGCUAUUGAACUCCCUCUGCGCCCAGCUGUGCCCUGGACACCAUUUGUGAAUUGAUCGCCCCCAUCUAGCUUCAGAGUUCGUUCUGCUAGGUGACCUAAACUGGGAUAUGCUUAACACCUCGGCAGUCCUACAAUCUAAGCUAGAUGCCCUCAAUCUCACACAAAUCAUCAAGGAACCCACCAGGUACAACCCUAAUUCCGUAAACAUGGGCACCCUCAUAGACAUUAUCCUGACCAACUUGCCCUCCAUAUACACCUCUGCUGUUUUCAAUCAGGAUCUCAACGAUCACUGCCUCAUUGCCUGUAUCCGCUAUGGGUACGCGGUCAAACCCCUCAUCACUGUCAAACGCUCCCUAAAACACUUCUGCGAGCAGGCCUUUCUAAUCGACCUGGCCCGGGUAUCCUGGAAGGAUAUUGACCUCAUCCCGUCAGUCGAGGAUGCCUGGUCAUUCUUUAAAAGUCAUUUCCUCACCAUCUUAGAUAAGCAUGCCCCGUUCAAAAAAUGCAGAACUAAGAACAGAUAUAGCCCUUGGUUCACUCCAGACCUGACUGCCCUUGACCAGCACAAAAACAUCCUGUGGCGGAUUGCAAUAGCAUUGAAUAGUCCCCGCGAUAUGCAACUGUUCAGGGAAGUCAGGAACCAAUACACGCAGUCUGUCAGGAAAGUAAAGACUAGCUUUUUCAAGCAGAAAUGUGCAUCCUGUAGCUCUAACUCCAAAAGGUUUUGGGACACUGUAAGGUCCAUGGAGAACAAGAGGACCUCCUCCCAGCUGCCCACUGCAUGGAGGCUAGGUAACACGGUCACCACUUAUAAAUCCAUAAUAAUCAAAAUUUCAAUUAGCAUUUCUCAACGGCUGGCCAACAGCUCCCCCCCGCGCAGCUACUCGCCCAAGCCUCCCCAGCUUCUCCUUCACCCAAAUCUAGAUAGCAAAUGUUCUGAAAGAGCUGCAAAACCUGGACCCGUACAAAUCAGCUGGGCUAGACAAUCUGGACCCUCUCUUUCUAAAACUAUCCGCCGCCAUUGUUGCAACCCCUAUUACCAGCCUGUUCAACCUCUCUUUCACAUCGCCCAAGAUCCCUAAAGAUAGGAAAGCUGCCGCGGUCAUCCCCCUCUUCAAAUGGGGUGACACCCUAGACCCAAACUGUUACAGACCUAUAUCCAUCCUGCCCUGCCUAUCUAAAGUCUUAGAAAGCCAAGUUAAUAAACAUAUCACUGACCAUUUAGAAUCCCACCGUACCUUCUCCGCUGUGCAAUCCGGUUUCCGAGCCGGUCACGGGUGCACCUCAGCCACGCUCAAGGUACUGAACGAUAUCAUAACCACCAUCGAUAAAAGACAGUACUGUGCAGCCGUCUUCAUCGACCUUUUAACGCAGAGGCUGCAGGCCUCGUGUACUCGGAACAGGAGGUUACAUUUUCGUCAAGGGCUUAUAGAGUGGAGGGAGAGAAGGGCGUGUUUCAUAGUUUAUAACCCAUGUCUCUUCACAGGGGCGGGCCACUGAUUGAGCAGAGCUCUAACCUUAUAAAAACCCAAUUUUCUAAUUUGGAAGCUAAAAUUACAUUUAAUCUUUUCACAAAUAGUUUCAUAUUCAAAUAUUUUAUUUGCACAACAAUUCCUUGUGAAUCUGAUAACUAGAAUGUGUAGACUUUCCCAGAUACAGUUUAUUUCGUCCUGUCAUCAGUCAUAAUGUCUCAGAUGACAACCGAACUGACAUCAUAUUUAACUGGUUCUAUUGCCGAAAUAUGGUUCCUUCCCCCCACUUGU